ACAAAGUGCCCGCGCCCUCGGCACAGCGCGGCGGGGUGAGAGUCGGGGCCGCCAUGGGGCCGCGGCGCUGAGCGGAGCCCGCCCGGCCCCGCAGGACUUUGCUCGGGCCCUCCCCGCCGCGGCCGGUGCGGAGCUGGAGGAGCCGCGCCGUCGGGGCUCCGCGCAGCCGGCUCUGCCCGACGGCCGCGGGGCAGCGCAGCUCCUCGCCGCGGAGCAGCUUCCCGCGGGAGGCCCGGAAGAUGCUGCCGCUCUGGCUCGUCCUGGCGGGACUGCUGCUGGCGGCCGGCCCGGCCUCUUCCCACCGUGGGGAGAUGGAGCCAGACUCGCUGGCAUCGGGUGAUGAUGAUGAAGACAGCGAUGGGGAUGGUCCCCACGGAGACCGCAGCGAGGAGCCCGUCUAUGUGCACAGAGCACCUUACUGGACUCACCCGCACCGCAUGGACAAGAAGCUGUAUGCUGUCCCUGCCGGGAACACGGUCAAGUUCCGCUGCCCAGCCUCGGGCAGCCCCAGCCCCAGCAUCCGCUGGUUCAAGAACGGUCGUGAGUUCCGGGGGGAGCACCGCAUCGGGGGCAUACGGCUCCGGCACCAGCACUGGAGCCUGGUGAUGGAGAGUGUGGUGCCCUCCGACCGCGGCAACUAUACCUGUCUGGUGGAGAACAGGUUUGGCAGCAUCCGCUACAGCUACCUGCUGGACGUGCUGGAGAGGUCUCCGCACCGGCCCAUCCUGCAGGCAGGGCUGCCUGCUAACACCACUGCCCUGGUGGGCAGCGACGUCGAGUUCUUCUGCAAGGUGUACAGCGACGCCCAGCCCCACAUCCAGUGGCUGAAACACAUCGAGGUGAACGGCAGCAACUACGGCCCUGACGGGGUGCCCUACGUGCAAGUGCUCAAGACGGCAGAUAUCAACAGCUCUGAGGUGGAGGUGCUGUACCUGCGUAAUGUCACCAUGGAGGAUGCAGGCGAGUACACCUGCCUGGCAGGGAACUCCAUCGGCCUCUCCUACCAGUCGGCGUGGCUCACUGUGCUUCCAGAAGAAGAGCUGGUGCACGAAGCUGAGGCCCCUGAGGCCAAGUACACCGACAUUAUCAUCUACACGUCGGGCUCGCUGGCUGUGGCCAUGGCCCUCAUCAUUGUGGUGCUGUGCCGCAUGCAGACGCUGUCGAGCAAGCAGCCCCUGGAGCCCAUGGCAGUGCACAAGCUCUCUAAAUUCCCACUCAUCCGACAGUUCUCCCUGGACUCCAGCUCAUCAGGGAAGUCCAGCACAUCGCUGAUGCGUGUCACCCGCCUCUCCUCCAGCUGUGCCCCCAUGCUGGCAGGCGUCGUCGAGCUGGACCUGCCUCUGGAUUCCAAGUGGGAAUUUCCCCGAGAAAAGCUGGUGCUGGGGAAGCCCCUGGGUGAGGGCUGCUUUGGGCAGGUGGUGCGGGCAGAGGCGUACGGCAUCGACAGGCAGUGGCCGGACCGAGCCGUCACCGUGGCUGUCAAAAUGCUCAAAGACAACGCCACCGACAAGGACCUGGCUGACCUCAUCUCCGAGAUGGAGAUGAUGAAGCUGAUGGACAAACACAAAAACAUCAUCAACCUGCUGGGAGUGUGCACACAGGAUGGGCCCCUCUAUGUGAUAGUGGAGUUCGCUGCCAAGGGCAACCUGCGCGAGUACCUGCGUGCCCGGCGGCCCCCCAUGCCUGAUUACACCUUCGACAUCACGGAGCUGCAUGAGGAGCAGCUCUGCUUCAAGGACUUGGUGUCCUGCGUCUACCAGGUGGCCCGCGGCAUGGAGUACCUGGAGUCCAGGCGGUGCAUCCACCGCGACCUGGCUGCGCGCAAUGUCCUGGUCACAGCAGAAAAUGUGAUGAAAAUUGCCGAUUUUGGCUUGGCCAGGGAUGUCCAUGACAUUGAUUACUACAAGAAAACCAGCAAUGGCCGCUUGCCUGUCAAGUGGAUGGCGCCUGAGGCCCUGUUCGACCGCGUCUACACCCACCAGAGUGACGUGUGGUCUUUUGGGAUCCUGAUGUGGGAGAUCUUCACCCUGGGUGGCUCCCCGUACCCUGGCAUCCCCGUGGAGGAGCUCUUCAAGCUGCUGAAGGAGGGGCACCGUAUGGACUGCCCAUCCAACUGCACCCACGAGCUGUACAUGCUGAUGCGGGAGUGCUGGCACGCGGUCCCCUCACAGCGGCCCACCUUUAAGCAGCUGGUGGAGGGGCUGGACAAGAUCCUGGCAGCCAUCUCGGAGGAGCUGCUGUUGCGCUAAGCCACCGUGAACUCCGCUACCAGCAUCGCCCUGAAAUUGAUCCACCAACUGCUGCUGGCUCCCAGGCUGGGAAAGAGCCCCGGGCCCCGCACAGUGGGGUCCCCCCUCCCCACCUAGACCUGCUCCGGGACACCCGAUAAAAGUGAGUUAUGGGCUCUGCACUGCCUUCUCCUAACCCCGGUGCCCCUGGGAGCGGGGUUUGGGAACUGCAGGCCUUGCUCCUGGUGCCCACCUUGCCUUAUUGCACCCAGCUCAGCUCCACAGGGAAUGUGGGCAGGCAGGGGCUGCAGCUGUCUCCCUGGAUCUAGGGUUUCAUCUCAGCUCCUCUGCUCCAGUAAGGGCUGGGUUUUGCCGUUAGCCCUGGGAUCUUGUUUCCUUCUCCAGCUUCCAGCUGCAGGGGCAGCUCCAGUGGUGGGGAGCAGCCCCUCACACAUAUAGGAGCUGGCUCUGGGGAGCAAUGUGCCCCAACCACAGGGCAGGUGGAAUGAGGCCCCCUGGUCUCACCUACACACUUGUGCUGUGCUGGCACUGGGGUGCAGCCACCUUUGGCUGCAUUGCAUGUAUUUUUGGAGUUGUCCUAGGGUUCUGCUCCCCACUGCAGGGGGAGCCCAGCCCUGCUUUCCCUCUCCCAGCUCCUGGCCAUGGGGCCCUACUCCCCCUCUUCCCUGGAUGUACCUCCCUCCACAGCUCCCAGACCACCAGCAGGUGUGAAACCUGCCCGAGCCCUACAGCCUCCCUGCCCCGAGGAAGGAUCCCAGCUGUCCACUAAUGUGCCAGAACCAAUGCAUUUAGCACAGCCCUGAAUGGGGCAUUCACAUGCCGGAGGGUAAACUGCCCAGGCAGAGGGGGGGGCUGUCCAGUCCUGGCCCCCUGAGCCACAGGAGAGCCAUCCCUGGGUUGUGCCUGGGGGUGGGACUGUGCCAUGUCCCCUGAUCUGUGUGCUCACAGGCUGGGGGCUCAUCCUUACAAUUCAGCACAUGGGUGCCCCUAGCACCACUCCUGGGGUCCCAGCAGUGCCCAGCACUGUGCCCCAGUCACUACUCAGCAUCUGCUGCUGUCCUGCACAUCCGUGCAUCCCCUCCAUCUCAGGGCUGGGAAGCACUGGGCUGGACAAGGGUAUGGGACAUGGGGCAGGGGAGGCCGCAGGGCGUCCCGCAGCCUCGCACCAACUGGAAGAUGGUUUUAUUGUUGAACAUUCCUGGUGUUUUCUGUCAGGGCUGAACCAAUUGUCCUUAAUCCGCCAGGCUCUGCUGGCCAAACAAGUGUGGCUGAGCCACCGGCAUCCUGUCCCCACGAACAGGCCCCUUUUGUGAGGGGGAUUUAGCGUGUAGCCCAGUAAAUCCCGCUGGUUUCCUGAGGCACCGUUCCCACACGCCCUCCCCCAGCUCUGGGCCCUGGCACCGGGCCCCGGGAGGUGCCACGCUGCGGGGCCGGGGCUGCUUCACGCGGGACGUGGGACCUUUCCUGCUCCGCUGCCCACGGAGAGCCCUGAGUCCCGGGGGUGAUGCUGAGUGCCCGGGGCACCGAGACGCUUCCUGAUGCCAGCCCAUUGCCGGAGAUGCCUCCGCUUAACGACCCUCUGUUAUCGGGAGGGAUGGUGCCCUUGGCUUUUCUCCCCAAAACAAAGGAGCUGGGAUCUUAUCUCCCGGCAACAUCUGGCUUUUGUGAGAUGCAGAACACCUCUGCCCUGAGGCUGGGUGGUUGCUGGGUGCGGCAGGAGGCUGCGAGGCGCCGGGCUCUCCCCUCUGCUCACACCGCUCCGUGAGCACAGCCGGCCUCAGGCAACGAAGGGAGGGCAGGGAAACGGCACGACGGAGUCCCACGCGAGAUUGGUAUCCCACGCUGCUUCCCGGGAGCAGGGCUGAGGAAAGCGAGACAUCCGCGUUCCCGGACAUUGGCCUGCGACCAAACCCCCACGGCCGCACCGCUACGCCACGCCGUACAAAAAGCCCAACGCUUGCACUCUCCCGUGGAUGCACACGCAUGCACGCUUGCAGUAUCGCGCCCACAUCCCGGUGUACUCACACCAUUGGAGCACGCGAGGCCCCCCUGCAUAGAAACACUCUCCCCCCGCACGGCGCACACCGCGCACACCCGCACCCCGCGGGCAGCCUCGGGCCGCAGCGCUGCGGGGCUGUGCGGGCAGGGCGGGCCGCGAGCCCCAUCUCCCGGCCGGCGGCGGCAGCUCCGUGCAGAGCGGCAGCGGAACGGUCGAGCGCUGCCCCGCUCUUCCCCGGCUCCCGGGACGUAUCUGCGGGGAAAAACGUAACGAGGCCGGCGUGGGGCAUCGCAGCUACCGCUGGCCCUGGGCACAGGGCUGCCAGCUCCGCGGGCAGCGAGGAGAACGCCGAGCCCGUCCUUCCAGCACUGUGCCGUAGCCCCGCGCCGAUCGGCGCUGCCCUCUGCAGCUGCCCCGUCCCCCCACGCCGUGCUGGCGCCCGGUGACCGGCUUCGGGGCCCUGGUUCCCCACCUCCCCGUGCCCUCGCGUGUCCCGGGUCCGACGUUCGGGGCUGUGGGUAGGGCAGAAGGUGCCCAGAGAGGGGACCCCCGCGGGACUCCGCAGCCGAUGGCGCGGCCGCGGGCACCGUGCCACCAGCACAAAGCAGAGCCCAUCCCCACGGCCCGGGGCCUGGCGAGCCGCGCGCUCCCCGGGGAAGGGGCCCCUGCCGGCCCUGCGGGCAGGAUGCUCCCCGCUCCUCUCCUCCUCUGCUUCCUUCCUCCCGGCCCGGCUAGCCCUCCCCCUGCCCGCCAGCUUUAACCCUUUCGCCCGCGCUCGCCAACCCCGCGUUCCCAGAACCCUUUGUGCUCCGCUGCGGGGCUGCGCUCCCCCCGGCCCUCAGCCCACCCCACGGCGUUGUGUGUGCGGUAGAGCCCAAGGGCCGCCGGGAAGGCGAGCGGGCGCAGCGGGCAGAGUCCCGCGGGGAAGGGCUCGGGCAGAGACCCCGCAGUGCGCACACAAAGGCGGCCAUGGCUCUGCGCUGUGCUCUGAGCGGGAGCGCGGCGGCCGGAAGAGCGUCUGCAGGGACGGUGGCAGCCCCGCGAGAGCGGGUCGGAUCGGGAAUGGUGCCGUGUGGGGCUCCGGGACGGGGCUCAGGGG